GCCUAUAUAAACUCUUUCUUCCAACUUAUCCACUGCUCAGUUUGCGUGCUCUUCGACUGAGCUGGAGAAAGAGAGAACGUACGAUGGAUUUCAGGAACAGCUUGCUCUUUCUGGCUUUAGCAGCUGCAACAAUGUUUACUUCAGUGGUACCUGAUGUUUAUGUGGUUCACAUGGAUAAGGCUAGAAUGAAUUCCUUGGAUGAUUCUCUUGGAGCUUCCAAAAGAUGGUACGAAACUGUCAUAGACUCUAUUACGGAAAUCUCAUCUUCAAUAGAUGAGGAAGAAGUAAAAGAACAAGAAACUUUAGCUCCUCAGCUUCUAUACGUUUAUGAAACUGCCAUCACAGGCUUUGCUGCAGAACUCUCCAAAAAACAACUUGAAUCACUCAAAAAAAUGGAUGGAUUUCUUGCUGCCACCUCGGAUGAAUUGCUGAGCCUCCAUACAACUCAUUCCACUCAGUUUCUUGGCCUCAGAAGUGGCAGAGGACUUUGGAGCGCUCCAAGUUUGGCUUCUGAUGUAAUUAUCGGUGUUGUUGAUACUGGAAUAUGGCCUGAGCAUAUAAGUUUCCACAACUCUGGCAUGUCACCAGUUCCCUCCGGGUGGAAAGGCGUAUGUGAAGCAGGUACAAAGUUUUCUUCUUCAAAUUGUAACAAGAAGCUAAUAGGCGCAAGAGUUUUCUCUAAAGCAUAUGAAGCUUUAGUAGGAAGAAUUAAUGAAACAGUAGAUUAUAGAUCACCUCGUGACUCGGAAGGGCAUGGAACGCACACAGCUUCAACUGCAGCUGGUAACAUUGUAAAGAAUGCCAACUUCUUUGGUUUGGCUAAGGGUUCAGCUAGUGGCAUGAGGUACACGUCUAGGAUUGCUGCUUACAAAGCUUGCUAUCCCCUAGGUUGUGCAAGCUCUGAUAUACUAGCAGCCAUUGACCAAGCAGUCAGCGAUGGCGUUGACAUUUUAUCAUUAUCUUUGGGUGGUUCUCCAAGGCCAUAUUACGCUGACAAUAUGGCUAUCGCUGCAUUUGGUGCAAUUGCAAAUGGAGUCUUUGUUUCCAGCUCAGCAGGCAAUUCAGGCCCUAGAAGAUCAACUGUUGGCAACACUGCACCAUGGAUGACGACCGUUGCUGCAAACUACAUGGAUCGCAGCUUUCCAAGUGGUGUAAAACUUGGAGAUGGACAAGUUUUUAUGGGGGCAUCAUUGUACUAUGGCAAGGCUACUAAGCAAUUGCCACUUGUAUAUGGUGAAACUGCUGGUGCCCAGGGAGCUCAGUUUUGCAUUAAUGGCUCACUGUCCCCAAAGUUGGUCAGGGGAAAGUUUGUUGUUUGUGACAGAGGAAUAAAUUCAAGAGUUGAAAAGGGAGAGCAAGUGAAGAUGGCUGGUGGUGCCGGAAUGAUAAUAGUAAACACAGAAACUGGAGGCGAAGAACGGUUUGCUGAUCCACACAUCCUGCCAGCCACAAUGCUGGGAGCUCAAGCUGCCAUUUCUAUCAAAAGAUACAUGAAUUCGACAAGAAAGGCAACAGCAUCGAUUGAAUUUUACGGAACAGCGUAUGGCAAUCCUGCACCAGUUAUGGCAGCAUUUUCUUCCAGAGGACCUAGCGCAGUUGGACCCGACAUCAUUAAGCCUGAUGUUACUGCACCUGGUGUGGACAUAUUAGCAGCAUGGCCACCUAAUAUUAGUCCAACAAGGCUAAAGAGCGACAAAAGAAGUGUCAAAUUUAACUUCAUUUCUGGCACUUCAAUGUCCUGUCCUCAUGUUAGUGGCAUCGCUGCGCUUCUAAAAUCUGUUCACAAGGAUUGGUCACCAGCAGCGAUUAAGUCUGCUUUGAUGACAACUGCUUAUACCCUUGACACUGGAAUGGCUCCAAUAUCAGAUGCUGCUUCUGGAAGCUCCAAAUUUGCAACUCCUUUUGCAUUUGGUUCAGGUCACGUUGAUCCUGAGAGGGCAGCUGAUCCGGGGCUUGUAUAUGACAUUUCCACCCCGGAUUACCUGAAUUACUUGUGCAGCCUGAACUACAACUCUUCCCAAUUGGCUCUAUUCUCAAGAAACAAUUUCACUUGUCCUGAUGAUGCAGCGAUACUUCAGCCUGGUGAUUUGAACUACCCCUCAUUUGCGGUGCUCUUCAGAAAUAAUUCACAGAGUAUUACAGCUACAUAUAAAAGAACUGUGACAAAUGUUGGCAUCCCAGUUACUGUCUAUGCUGCACGGGUCAUGCAACCUAACGGGGUAUCAGUAAUCGUCGAGCCUAAUAUUCUUCACUUUCAGGGCAUUGGGCAGAAACUGAGUUAUAAAGUGAGUUUCACCACAUUGGAGGGUCGAAAUUUGUCAGAUAGUUACUCAUUUGGAUCUAUUGUAUGGAUAUCAGAGAAACAUACUGUUACUAGUCCAAUUGCUGUCACCUGGCAGUAAAUCAUAGACACAAAUCUUAACCUUGGAAUGUUCCAAGAAUUCAAAUAACUGCUUCAAACUUUUUUCCAAGUGUACCUGAUGGUUUUAUGCAAGGAACUGUGGCUUCUUAGUUGCAUAAAACGUAGAAAGUUAGUAUGAUCUUCAAUUGCUAGCUGAGAAUAUGAUUGUCAAAGUUAUAUAUGACUAAAGUGAGUUGAGUA